AUGCUGCGACUCACUACGAACUCACUCCCACCCAUUCUUUCCGUCCAGGACUUGAACCACCAUGCGAACUACGAGCACCUCUCCUGCGUGGCCUCCUUGCUAAGUGGCCUGGCCAAGUACCGCGAUGCCUUUGUGAUCGAUGUCAUCGACUCGUUGCUGGAGAACAUCCAGGUGACCCUCGAGCGGAACGACUUCCGGGAGAUGCCAUUGAGGGUCCGGCAGGUGAAGUUGGUGGGGGAGCUUUACAACUACCGCCUGGUCGACUCGGUCUUGGUCUUUGAUUCCUUGUACCAGUGCGCCGGGUUCAUCGGCUUCGGUGGCCCGAGCUCCUUCCGCGCGAGUCAGCACAUCACAGCUGGGGAGCUCUGGGUGGUGGAGGGAUGGCAAAUGAAGGCACACAAGCUGGUGGAGAGAGUGCGGGGCCUGUUGUUCCAGUUGCAAGCGACUGUGGGGAGCGAACGAUGGCGAUGGGCUUUAUGCCAAGCUGUGCUGUUCUUCCACUUUGCUCCAGCUGAGAGCCAGGGCUUGGCCAUGCGGAAAGGAGGCCUUGGGAGCAUCACUGAGGAGAACGAGGCCACCAAAAAUAUCACCUUUGUCCGGCGCAUUUUCGCCCCUGGCUAUUCUCAAGUUUAUUCUCUUCCUGCUGUACUCGUGUUCCAAUUCCACCGUUUGCGCCUCAACUGGCCACUUCAAUUGAUAGAUGGUUGCUGGAGUCCCUGCGCUGAUGGUGUGACACCGCCUCACUUGGUUUGUCGCACCUUAGAUGCGGCUUGGCAGCCGCUUCGGCCUGCCAUCCAUGCCAUAGCCGCAGUCGCCUGAGCCAGCCUGUCCUCCCAUGUCCAAUGGUGGUGUUGGAUAGGGCUGAUGUGCUCAACCCGUUUCAGUGGCCCAAGAAGAUCAUCCAUGGCUUUCAGAAUGCUUUUGGUGAUAAAGAGCGAUGCAUUUGGGCCGUUCGCUUUGGCAAGAGGGCUUGGCUGCGUGGCAUGGAUUUUAUGAGUUCUCUCCAUGGACUUAGAAAGGAGUUUCGGAAGGCUGUUCUGAUCAAUGGCUAUGUGUACAAGUGCGAGCCCACUACCGAGUCAAAGUACACUUGAUGCCACAUGGAAAGUGCAUUGUGAGGGUGCAAUUGUUUGGCAACGAACUCCUCGGACUUUCUUCGGCAAAUGCUUGCCUGUGCCACUGACAAAUCGUUUGCUGAGGCAGAUCUUUUGUUGGCAAAGACAUAUGACACGCUCAAAGCUUGGAGUGUUGCUGGCCAGUUCCCGAGGCGUAAUCGUUUCAGGCAAGGCGGCAGUGGGCGCGAGCUGAAUUCUGAAUUGAUGGAUCCUGUGGAAGGGUGAAGGGUUUUCUGAAGGUGUUGUUCAGCAGUUACGACCUUCGCAGAAGGUGCUAUUUGGUGAAACCAGCGUGGGUGGCAGUGGACAAGUCAAAAAAUGUCACAGAUGCCUUAACACCAUUUGGCGCUUGGAACGUGUCAUUUGGUGCACUGCAGCUAUAAUUCGAACGCAUGAAAGACCGUCGGUACAGGUCCGAUGGCCUCACAGUAUCAAACCGGUCAUAGUACCGGUCAUAUAGUCUCGACGUUUAAAGAGCAGAUUUUGAAGUUUGGAGAUUUAAGCGGGAGCCAAAUAUCAAGCUACUAGUCAAGCUAUUCCAAGUGCUGUUUGUUUUCCUAUUUGCAGGAUGUGGAGGACGGCACGCAGCCCCAUCCUCAGUUCAACU